CCGAUGUGUCCGUGUACGAAUGAGAACGCACGAAAGCUUUCGAAGCUCCCAAUAUGAGCUUCGGGGCCGCUUCAUUUUGCAGCUCGCCAAGCUCUCGAGCGGGGUUCUUCGGCGGUUGGUACCACCCGAGCUUCACUGGAAGGCAGCUCAUUGGAGGGAGUAGAAGCCGUGAUUGUCUGUGGUGCUUGCUGGCAGAUGACCAGGACAUAACAAAAACAACCAUUACAUAGUUACAUACGCUACCUCCUUUUGAUGCCAUCGUCGACCACUAUUUUACCAUUUGGCUGUGCCUUUUUGCUUGAUUUUUCAAGCUCUGGAAUUCCUGGUGGUGAGAGAUCUUGUCAGCCACUAUCUACUAGGUACUCUUCAACAUGGCCACAUCACUUCGAGUCGCGGUCAUCCAGGCGGAGCCCAUCUACCUCGACCUCACUGCCACGAUUCAGAAAUCAUGUCGUCUUAUUGCUGAGGCUGCAACCGGUGGCGCUAAACUUGUCGCCUUUCCGGAGUGUUGGGCUCCCGGCUACCCUGCGUGGAUUUGGGCACGACCAGUCGAUGCUGAACUACACACACGAUACAUCUACAAUGCCCUUCCAGUCGAAUCACAAGCUAUGGACCUCAUCAAAGCAACCGCCAAGGAACAUUCCAUCGCCGUGGUAAUUGGCUUUGCCGAACGAAGCCCAACCAACAGCGUCUACAUCUCUCAAGCCAUCAUCUCCCCUCAGGGACACGUCCUCGUGCACCGGCGAAAGAUCAAGCCAACUCACAUGGAGCGUACCAUCUUUGGCGAUGGAUCUGGCAAUGACCUUAGCAAUGUCGCGGAGAUUGACUUUGGCCCUGACCAUGGCAAGGUCAAGGUUGGAUGUCUCGCUUGCUGGGAGCACACGCAACCACUACUCAAGUACCACACCAUCUCUCAGGGCGAAACUAUCCAUGUUGCUAUGUGGCCGCCUGUAAUCCCGAUGCCAGGUGUUGGAUAUCCUGGCUUAUGGAGCAUGACAGCCGAGGGUGUCCAGAAUCUAUCCCAGACGUAUGCCAUUGAGAGUACCGCCUAUGUAUUACACAGCACCGCCGUCUGCAAUCAAGAGAGCAUUAACCUGCUUCGGACCCAGCAGGGGAUUGUUUGUUCGGAGCCUGGUGGUGGACAUAGUUGUGUCAUUGGGCCUGACGGCAGACGGUUGACGGAGCCAAUUGAUGAUGGAGCUGAUACGGCUGAAGGGAUUGUGUAUGCUGAUUUGGACUUGACAAAGUGCGUCACAACUCGGGGUUUCUUGGAUAUUGUUGGGCACUAUAGUCGGCCUGACUUGCUUUGGCUUGGUGUGGACAAACGACAAAAGGAUCCAGUUGUUCCAGGAGGUUCAGGUCAGUAGAUUGAGGAGG